AUGUUGUCCAAAGCCUUAUAUGGCUUGCGCCAAGCACCUAGGGCUUGGAAUUCAAAGCUUGAUGGUUGUCUGAAACAACUUGGGUUCAAAAGGUGCCCAUAUGAGUAUGUUGUAUACAUAAGAAAAAAGAAUGGGAAGUUAUUGAUUGUUGGUGUAUACGUUGACGACCUCAUUGUAACAGGUGAUUCUGAUCUAGAAGUGGAACACUUUAAGGAGCAGAUGAGCAAGAAAUUUGAAAUGAAUGACCUAGGGAUGCUCUCUUAUUACCUUGGUUUUGAGGUAAACCAACAUGAUGGUGCAGUCACAUUGAAGCAAGUUGUAUAUGCAAAGAAUAUAAUUGUGAAGACAGGCAUGACGGAUUGCAAUCCUUGCAAAUACCCUAUGGAGCCUAAGUUGGAACUAACAAAAGAUAAAGAGGGAGAAGAAGUAAAUAUCACAGAUUACAUAAGUGUGGUUGGUGCACUGAGAUACUUAACUCAUACUCGACCUGACAUAAGCUAUGUUGUUGGUUUAGUAAGCAGAAUCAUGGAGAGACCCACAGUUCAACACAUGAAGGUUGUCAAACAUAUCUUGAGUUAUGUGAAAGGGACCAUGGACCACGGUCUAGUUUACACCAGAGGCAGCAAAGAAACCAUCAUCACCGGGUACACAUAUAGUGAUCAUGCAAGAGAUGUAAAUGAUGGAAGAAGCACAGGUGGAAUGGCUUACUACCUAAAUGAGAACCUGGUUACCUAG